AUGGGUAUCGAAACACCAUCCAGUCCGGAGUUGACCACAGUGGAUAUUGAAAUGGAACCAACAUCCACCACCAACAAUGGCAACAACAAUAACAAUAACAAUAAUAAUGAGGUCCAUAUCUCAAUGCCAUCAGGCCGCCGUAACUCGGUAGGCGGUGGCGAAGGCGCCGCACUCGACCUGCCAUUCAUCUCGAAUGAAGUUUCCGCCUCCACAAGGACCUUCAGUGGAUUCUCAUCAAAGAAGGAAGCCCAACCAGGCGUCAACAAAGAGUCCACUACGACCACGACCGGCUACGACUACCGUGCCUCGUGGCGUACCCCCCUGCGUCGUCAACUCUUUGACUCUCCGAGCGACGUCGAGAUCAAGCUGGCCAAGGAGAAGGAGGAGAACUACAGGAAGACCCUCGAGCGAAAGAAGGAGCAGAUCAAGCCACUCGAGAGCAUCAUGGAGGAGCUCAAGGCCAAUCCCAAUGGUCUAUCCUCAGCGGAGGUUGAAAUAAGAACUGCACAAUAUGGUCCCAACAAGAUCCCCGACGUCAAGAGGUAUCCAAUCCUGGAGUUCCUCUACUUUAUGUGGAAUCCACUGUCCUGGACAAUGGAGUUGGCCGCAUUGGUAUCCAUUAUCCUGAUUGAUUACGUCGACUUUAUCCUCAUCUGCGCCCUGUUGCUCAUGAACGCCACCAUCGGCUACUACGAAGAGCACACUGCCGGUAAUGCCGUGGAGGCAUUGAAGAACUCUCUCGUCUCCAGCACCCGUGUGCUGCGUGACGGCAAAUGGGAAAUGAAACCGUCACACGAGUUGGUGCCAGGCGACGUCAUCAUCCUCAAGAUUGGCGCCGUCGUGCCAGCCGACUGCCGCAUCAUGGAGUGCGAGGGUGUCAAGAUCGACCAGUCCUCACUCACAGGCGAGUCCCUUCCAGUCAACAAGAAGAUCGGCGACGAAGUCUACUCAGGCUCGACAAUGAAGCAGGGUGAGGCCACUUGCGUGGUCACCGCCACCGGAAUCAACACCUUCUUUGGUCGCGCUGCCAACCUCGUCCAAGAGACCGAGAGCCACGGCCAUCUCCAGAUCGUCCUGCGUAACAUUGGUCUGUUCUGUAUCAUCUUCAUUGCCAUCUGGGUGGUCGUUGAGCUACUCGUCCAGUUCAUCGGAAGAAAGGCCCAGUGUGUUGGUGUUGGCGAGGGCAAGUGCACCACGCUGAACAACGCUCUAGUGCUGCUGGUCGGAGGUAUCCCAAUUGCAAUGCCAACGGUUCUCUCUGUGACCAUGGCCAUUGGUGCCACACAGCUUUCCAAGAAGCAGGCCAUCGUCUCGCGUCUCACUGCCAUUGAGGAGCUUGCCGGCAUGGACAUCCUGUGCUCGGACAAGACCGGAACCCUGACACUCAACGUCCUCACCGUCGACACCCCCAUCUGCUUUGGCAGCGCCACUCCGGAGCAAGUCAUUCUGGAAGCAUACCUGGCGUGCUCAGAAGGAGACGACCGCGACGCUAUCGAUGUGGCCACGACCAACUAUGCCCACGAGAAAUAUCCCAACCUCGACUAUGCUCAAUACCAGAUCACCAAGCAUUUCCCAUUCAACCCCGUCGACAAGAAGGCCAUGGGUCUCGUCAGAGGUCCAGACGGCAAGGAGUUCAAGACUGCCAAGGGUGCCCCACAGAUCAUUUUGAACGAGUCUUCCAACAAGGACACACUGGGCGAGGUUAUCACCCAAGAGAUUGAGAACCUUGCUGAGCGCGGCUACCGUGCCAUCGGUGUCUCGCACUCAUACGACGCUCCACACUACAAGACCUGGGAGUUCACUGGUUUGAUCCCCCUGUUCGAUCCACCCCGCCACGACACUGAAGACACCAUCAAGCGCGCCUUGGAGAUGGGUGUCAGGGUCAAGAUGAUCACAGGUGACCAGCUGGCCAUUGCCAAGGAGACUGCCCGCCGUCUCGGCAUGGGUGGCAACAUGUUCACCGUGCCAUACCUCAAGAACAACGACCUGGGAAUGAAGAGCAGCGACCUCAUCGAGAUGGCCGACGGCUUUGCCGAGAUGUGGCCAGAGCACAAGUACAAGGUUGUUCACUCACUGCAGAAGCGCAAGCACAUCGUCGGUAUGACUGGAGAUGGAGUCAACGACGCACCCGCCCUCAAGAAGGCCGACAUUGGAAUUGCCGUGGCUGGUGCCACUGAUGCCGCACGCUCUGUCUCUGACAUUGUGCUCACAUCCUCCGGUCUUUCUGUCAUCAUCGACGCCAUCAUCACCUCGCGUAAGAUCUUCCAGCGUAUGAGAAACUACGUGAUCUACUCCGUUUCGGCUACCGUUCGUAUCUGUGUCACCUUUGGUAUCCUGACAAUCGGUUGGAACUUCCUCUUCCCAACCAUCGCCACCGUCAUCAUUGCCAUCCUUAACGAUGGCACCAUGCUCACCAUUGCCAAGGACCGCGUCAAGCCACGUGCCACCCCCGACAAGUGGGACCUCAAGGAGGUGUUCCUGAUGGCACUCUGCUACGGCCUCUAUCUCGUCGCCUCGUCCAUCGUCCUGUUUGCCCUCGUCCACGACUCAACCUUCUUCGAGGACAAGUUCGGCCUGGUCAAGUUGACCAACAACGAGCUGCGUGGACUCAUGUACCUGCAAGUGUCCAUCUCUGGUCUUGCCACGAUCUUUGUCUCGCGUUCCCAGGGUCUCUCAUACUUUGAGCGUCCAGGCAUGCUCAUGUCGAUCGCCUUUGUUGGCUCGCAGGUUGUCGCCACAUUCAUUGGUGUCUACGGAUUCAAGGGCUACCCACACAAUGGCGAGACUGACUUUGAGGGCUGUGGAUGGGGCUAUGCUCUUGUCUGCUGGAUCUGGUGCAUCAUCUGGUACAUCCCAAUGGACUUUAUCAAGUUGCUGAUCACCUACAUGUAUCAGGGCAAGAUCAGAUUCUACAACAAGUCGCACACCAACCAUCUUGGCGCCUUCUUCCGUAAGGGCAAGAAGCCAAUCGCCAGUCCAGUAAUAGGUUAA